UCCUGUCCGCUUCCUCAGCUCCAUUUCACAUCCCUGUAGCUGGAGCGCAACGCAACGCAACGACGCUCCUCCAUCCUCCAUCCCGGCCUAACUCCUGCUCCCUCCCCUCCGUCUGCGGCUAUAGCUAGCUGCGAGACAAACCGGGCCUUUUUUUUCCCUCGCUCGCCGCGCUUCCACACGAGCUGCGUCGCCGUCGGUGUCGUCGCCGCCCUCGAUCCCGUGAGCUAGCGAAGCGAAGCGAGCGAUCCAUGGGGCGCGCGCCGUGCUGCGAGAAGAGCGGGCUGAAGAAGGGGCCGUGGACGCCGGAGGAGGACGAUAAGCUCGUUGCCUACAUCAAGAAGCACGGCCAGGGCAACUGGCGCACCCUCCCCAAGAAUGCCGGGCUCGCGCGGUGCGGGAAGAGCUGCCGGCUGCGGUGGACCAACUACCUGAGGCCGGACAUCAAGCGCGGCCGCUUCUCGUUCGAGGAGGAGGAGACCAUCAUCCAGCUCCACAGCAUCCUCGGCAACAAGUGGUCAGCGAUCGCGGCGCGGCUGCCCGGGCGGACGGACAACGAGAUCAAGAACUACUGGAACACGCACAUCCGCAAGCGCCUGCUCCGCAUGGGCAUCGACCCCGUCACCCACGCGCCGCGCCUCGACCUCCUCGACCUCUCCGCGCUCCUCAAGCCCGCCGCCUACUACCCCACGCAGGCGGACCUCGACACGCUCCGCGCCUUCGAGCCGCUCGCCAACUACCCGGACCUGCUCCGCCUCGCCGCCUCCACCCUGCUCUCGGGCUCGGCCGCGAUCGGCGACCAGCAGCAGUUUCUGCCGUGGCUGCUGCAGGCGCAGAUGGCGCAGGCGGCCGCCAUGGUGGCGCAGCCGCCGCAGCAGGCCGAGCAUAAUCAGUUCAUGCAGCAGCAGCAGCAGGCUGCCGGAGCCGCGUGCCAAAUGCCGGACCUGGUCCACGCGAGCCCGACGACGGUGGCGCAGCAGCUGGCGGCCGCCGCGCAGCAGCAGCAGCACCAGCCUCAGGACAUGUCCGCGGCCUGCCACAGCAUGCAGCCGCCCACCGGCUACGUCGACAGCCAGCUGGACGUCCCGGCGCUGAUGCAGAUGGUCCAGCAGCCCGACGCGUCGAACCUCCAGCAGUGGAGCAGCACGGUGACGAGCAGCAACAACAACGUCGGCUCCGGCGUGUCCACACCGUCGUCCAGCCCCGUCACCGGGUUGAAUCACUCCACCUCCACCGCCGCGACGACGUACGGCGGCGCGAGCGCGAGCAGCAGCGACGCCGCCGCGCUGUUCAACAUGCAGCUGUCGGACCUCCUCGACGUCAGCGACUACAUGUAACACCCGAAAAUCCCACGGGACCCGGCGAUCCGUGGAAACCACUCCUAGGUCCAGCACUUCAUCUCGUACCACCGCAAGGGGCGAACAGAAAUCUAUCUCAUCAUCAGGGACUCAUUUUUGUACAGGAUUGUUUAAUUUGCACCUUCACUAUGCCAGUUCGUUCAUGUGGUUACAGUUAGAAGCUUCAGUCCCCUUGGAUUUCUUUCGAUCUUUUCAAUUCGGCUCGCUGUAAUUCCCGUCGUUUCA